AUGGCUAAGCUUACACUACUAGCGUUCGCCUUAGGGCUCGCCGUCUGCUGCGCAGCCUCAGCUGAGCACCACCGAGUUCGUCGCGGCUACGGCGGUGGGGGCUCAAGUGGUGGUGGUGGUCAAGGAGGCACGGUUGGCGGUGGCGGCCAUGGUGGUGGUGGCGGCCACGGUGGUGGUAGCGGCGGCGGCUUCGGCAGCGGCGGUGGUUUCGGCGGAGGCCACGGAGGCUGGUGGCAGCCAUGGCGGUGGUGGGCAGCCAGUGACGGUGGUGGCAGCCAUGGCGGUGGAUUAGGGCGUGCGGAAGCGGCCGGUGGUGGCGGCCACGGAGGCGGCGGUGGCGGCGGCCAAGGUGGUGGCAAGUCACGGCGGUGGUAG